UGAAACCUCCUCCCUCUUUGUCACUUUCUUUCUGGCAUGUAAGCUCAUGUAGUUUCAUACUUUCAGUUAUAAAAACAAAAACAACAGGACUGGAGAGUUCAGACAGAGUUACCACCCUAAUCACUGCAGUAAUUUCUGAGUCCCACCACAUUGAUUUCCAUUAAGAAGCAGUAAAGGUACCUGUGGGAUUUCAACACUCCUUUUCAUUCCAUUUCUGAGAAAAUAAAAAAAAAAUGGUCUGGACUUUGGGUUACAAGUGUGGAAUGAUUGGAAUGAUUGCCUGUGCUUUUCAAUUUACAUUGCUGUUGCUUAAUUUUGGUUCUUUGCUUGCAGUGACAAUCACGUCAGUGGGUGAUCCAACCUUGCAAGUAGCAACAGGUGAUUCUGUUCAGUUAAACUGUACGUAUACUCUUGCUUCAACAGAUGCAGGUUCUCUGGACAUCGAGUGGUCUAUCAUACGACCAGAUAGCCGUGAUAAAGACAUUGUGGUACUAGCCUUCAUGGAGAAUCAAGUGUAUCAAUACCUUCCUCCAUCACUAGCGGGGCGUUUUAAGUUUGUUGUUUUGGAACCUAGUGGAGGAGAUGCCUCUGUUGUGCUGUCUAACAUACAGGAGUCAGAUACUGGAAUUUACCAGUGUAAGGUGAAGAAAACUCCUGGAAUUGAUAGUAGGAAGAUUACACUGGCCAUAUUUGCAAGACCUACUAAGCCAACAUGUAGAAUCGAGGAGACACAGGAUGGAAAAGGUGUGAUUCUGAAAUGUAAAGCCGACGGCACGACACCCAUCACCUAUACCUGGGAGGCGGCAGGGGAUCAGAGCACUGCACUACCAGCAUCGGCUGUUCAAGGUGAGUCCUGCACUUGGUAAUGAAAGAGUUAGUAC